AUGGAUCUUCUUCCAGCGCAGGAAGCGGCAAAGAUCUACCACACCAACUACGUGAGGAACUCCCGGGCCAUCGGCGUCAUGUGGGCAGUGUUCACCAUCUGCUUCGUCAUCAUCACGGUGGUGGUGUUCAUCCAGCCCUUCUGGAUCGGGGACAGCGUCAACACGCCGCAGGCCGGAUACUUCGGCCUCUUCCACUACUGCAUCGGCAACGCGCUCACGUCGGAGCUCAUAUGUAAAGGCAGCAUGCUGGACUUCGCCUCCAUCCCCUCGCCUGCCUUCAGGACCGCCAUGUUCUUCGUGGGCACCUCCAUGCUGCUGGUGGUGGGCACCAUGGUCUGUUUCAGCCUCUUCUUCUUUUGCAACGCGGGGAACGUCUACAAGAUCUGUGCGUGGAUGCAGCUGGCUUCAGCCGUGUUGAUGGUAAUGGGCUGCAUGAUCUACCCGGACGGCUGGGACUCUCCGGAGGUGAAGAGGAUGUGUGGCCAGAGGACGGAUAAGUACAGCCUGGGGAACUGCACGGUGCGCUGGGCCUACAUCCUGGCCAUCAUCAGCAUCCUGGACGCCCUCCUCCUGGCGUUUCUCUCCUUCACCCUCGGCAACCGACAAGACAAACUGCUGCCGGACGACUUCGAUAUGGACGGAGCAGGUGAGUUACUGCAAAACUGGUGA